AUGUCUAGUUUUGUGGGUGUAGUUGUUUCUGAUCCAUGGCUUCAAAGCCAGUUCACUCAAGUCGAGUUACGCUCCCUCAAAUCCAAGUUUGUGUCGACGAGGACUCAGUCUGGACGUGUCACGGUGGGGGAUUUGCCACCUAUUUUUGCUAAAUUGAGGGCCUUCACUGAUGUGUUUAAUGAGGAUGAUAUUAAAGCUAUGUUGGCGGAGGGUGGUUUGAACAUGGAAGAAGAACUCGACUUCGAAUCCUUCCUUAAGGCAUACAUAAAUUUGCAAAACCGAGUAACUAAAAAAUCUGGUGGGAAAAAACUGAAAAGCUCUGUUUCCUUUCUCAAGGCAGCUACAACUACAUUUCACCAUAAUAUUAAUGAGUCCGAGAAGGCUUCCUAUGUUUCCCACAUCAACAGCUACUUGGCAGAAGAUCGCUUCUUGAAGAAAUAUCUUCCAUUAGAUCCAGCAACAAAUGAUUUAUUUGAUCUUGUCAAAGAUGGAGUUCUUCUUUGUAAGCUUAUAAACGUGGCUGUUCCUGGAACCAUAGAUGAGAGAGCUAUUAACACAAAAGGGACCCUUAAUCCAUGGGAGAGGAAUGAGAAUCACACCCUCUGCCUUAAUUCUGCAAAGGCUAUUGGCUGUACAGUUGUUAAUAUUGGUGAACAGGACCUUAUUGAAGGGAGACCCCAUCUGGUUCUUGGAUUGAUUUCUCAAAUUAUUAAGAUUCAACUAUUAGCCACUCUUAAUCUUAAGAAGACUCCUCAACUUGUGGAAUUGGUGGAUGACAGCAAGGAUGUGGAGGAGCUCUUGGGUUUAGCACCUGAAAAGGUUUUACUGAAAUGGAUGAAUUUUCAUCUGAAGAAAGUUGGAUACAGUAAACAGGUUACAAACUUCUCCUCUGACGUGAAGGAUGGAGAGGCCUAUACCUACCUUCUUAAUGCUCUUGCACCAGAAUACAGUAGCCCUGCCUCCUUGGAUGCCAAGGAUCCUACAGAGAGGGCAAACAUGGUUCUUGAGCAGGCAGAGAAACUGGAUUGUAAAAGAUAUCUCACUUCUAAAGACAUUGUGGAGGGCUCGCCAAAUCUUAAUCUUGCAUUUGUUGCUCAAAUAUUCCAGCAUAGAAAUGGGUUGUCUGUUGAUACCAGUAAGAUGUCCUUUGCUGAGAUGAUGACAGAUGAUGCACAAACUUCUCGAGAAGAGAGGUGCUUCCGACUGUGGAUUAACAGUCUUGGAACUGCUACUUAUGUCAACAAUGUUUUUGAGGAUGUCAGGAACGGAUGGGUUCUUCUAGAAGUCCUUGACAAAGUUUCUCCUGGAUCAGUUAAUUGGAAGCUGGCAUCUAAGCCUCCUAUAAAGAUGCCAUUUAGAAAAGUUGAGAAUUGCAACCAAGUAAUAAAGAUAGGGAAGGACUUGUGCUUUUCCCUUGUGAAUGUAGCUGGAAAUGACAUUGUGCAAGGAAAUAAGAAGCUCAUAUUAGCCUAUUUAUGGCAACUAAUGAGGUUUACGAUGCUUCAGCUCCUGAAAAACUUAAGAUCUCACUCCUCCCACUCCCAGGGUAAAGAGAUUACAGAUGCUGACAUCCUAAAAUGGGCAAACAGGAAAGUGAAGAAAGCAGGUAGAACGUCUCAAAUGGAGAGCUUCAAGGAUAAGAAGCUUUCAAAUGGAAUUUUCUUCCUUGAGCUUCUUGGCUCGGUGGAGCCUAGAGUGGUCAACUGGAGUGUUGUUACAAAGGGAGAAACUGAUGAGGAUAAGAAGUUGAAUGCUACCUAUAUAAUCAGUGUUGCCCGAAAGCUUGGUUGCUCUAUUUUCUUGUUACCUGAGGACAUUAUAGAGGUAAACCAGAAGAUGAUCCUUAUUUUGACCGCAAGCAUAAUGUACUGGAGCCUUCAGCAACAGGGUGACUCGGAGUCUUCUGCUGCUGAAGACAGUGAUGUUCCUGAUGCAUCCCCUCAUGUGUCUGUAAAUGGCGAGAAGGAGGAAGUUCUGGCUGGUGAGGUUUCCAACUUGGCGGUGGAUGAUUCAGUUUCAGAUUCUACCGAGUCCACGCAUGUGGAGGAACCAUCUCCUCAUGUUGAAGAAAAAGAUCCUGAUAUAGAAUGA